AUGGAAACUGAGACACAACUAGAAGGUCACUCGCAGGCCAGCACAACCCCCGUUGCCGCAAACACUACCCUCAAUGCCCUUGUAACAGGCGGAGCGCAGGGCAUCGGAGCGGCAACUGCCCGCAAGCUGGCUAGCAGAGGCAUGAAUGUUCUCAUCGCCGAUAUGUCGGUCGAAGGAAAACAGCUUGCUCAGCAGAUUAAGGACGAAUACGGCGUUGAUGCGGCAUAUCAAUACAUUGACGUUCGGCGCGGAGAGGACAUUGACAUGAUGAUCAAAACAUUUGUUUCGAAAUGGGGUCGCCUAGACUACGCCGCCAAUGUGGCGGGUAUCAAUUUAGACGGAGGUGAACUUAGGGACGACGAAACAAAAGUCUCGCAAGCUGUGUUUGACAGAGCCGAAGCACAGCAAAUGGCCUCUCAAGAGCCCAGACCGGUCCACGUAACUCCAUCCACCCCAAAGGAGAUCGCUUAUCAACGCGGCUCCAUCGUCAACAUCUCUUCGACAGCUGCCUUGACAACAUACGGUUUCCCGUCAUAUAGUGCUACCAAAGCCGCCGUGCUCGCCAUAACUAGAAAUGGUGCCGUCUUCUACGGCAAGCACGGUAUCCGCUGCAACUCUGUUUGCCCAGGUUUCACUGCAACACCGAUGGCUCGACCGAUGUACCCAGACAGCCUGGAGGACCAGGUGACGACCAAUGGCCCGGAAAUUGCUACGAAUGUUCCGCUGAGGAAGAAUGCUUGGCCAGAGGAGACAGCGAGUGUGAUCAGCUUCUUCCUCAGCGAUGAAAGUAGUCAUGUUACAGGAAGUAAUCUUGAGGUUGAUGGGGGCUUAAGUAUUACUGGAAGCUCUCCGUUUUGA